GCAUUCCUAAGUUCAUCAGAGGAGGAUUAAGCUGUCGAAGCUUUUUCAAGUUUCGCGUUCUCGAGUUCUUGAAGUUCUUUCAGUUCGCAUCGUGGUCGUUGCAGAGAGGGGGAAAGGAAAGAUGUUUAAGGGAAGGAUCAGUGAGAAGAACCCUCUGCAUUUGAAGUGCUUGAAUCACAUAUCGAUGCAGUGCCGAUCGGUCGAAGAGUCUAUCGACUUCUAUUGCAACGUCCUCGGUUUCGUUCCCAUCCAAAGGCCCGGUUCCUUCGACUUCGACGGCGCUUGGCUAUUCAGCUACGGAAUCGGCAUUCAUCUGAUCAAAUCUGAGGACCCAGAUGGAAUGCCGAAAGUCGGUCGAAUUGAUCCCAAAGACAGGCACAUUUCUUUCCAGUGCGAGAGCAUGGAAACGGUGGAGAAGAAGCUGAGGGAGAUGAAGAUAGAGUACGUGAACGGCCGAGUUAUGGACGGUGGCAUUGCCGUCGACCAACUCUUCUUCCAUGACCCCGACGGCACGAUGAUCGAGGUCUGCAACUGCGAGAACAUCGCGGUGGUCGUGCUCGACGACGACAGAGAUGCCAUUUGAGGAUGCUCACUAGCGAACCGCAACAAUGCGGAGCGAGAGCGACAGUACAAACUUAUCGAGCAGCGUCUGCCGCAGAUUCAUCGAGCUGUGGGCGACACCAUAUGAUAAUGUAGAAGAAGCAGGAUGGAGAGAUCAUCAGAAGUUGUUAUUUUGUAGGAUCAAUUCGUUCAUUCAUUUGGUGCACGCGUGCUUUUGGUUUUUGAACUUUUGUUACGUUUGCUGGAUUAAAUUUUCCCCCUUGUAUACAAAGCAUGCAUGAUUGAAUUU